GUGUUCUCCAAACACCAGUAAGCCUCAGAUGAAGAAGAUUCGUUUCACCGCGCUCUCUGUUGUUUUGUCUUCAUACUGAUUUAUUACAAACGGUUAGAAAUGUCGUUUCUGUAAAUAGUAAACAUAUUGUUUUGAAUCAGUUCAGUACCUAUAAUAUUUCCAACCUCACAGUCGUGACUGAGGUUUGAAGCAAGCAGGAAUAUCUGGAGGAGUAUCAUCUGAACCGAGAUCUGCUGCUGUGAAGAUGAUGUUUGUGAAAGAGGAGAGAGAAGAGGACACGAUUGAACCAGAGACCUGGAGAAUAAAACACGAGGAACCAGAAACCUGGAGAAUAAAACACGAGGAACCAGAAGCCUGUAGAAUAAAACUUGAACCAGAAACCUGGAGAAUAAAUCACGAGGAACCAGAAGCCUGUAGAAUAAAACUUGAACCAGAAACCUGGAGAAUAAAUCACGAGGAACCAGAGCCCUGGAGAAUAAAACACGAGGAACCAGAAACCUGGAGACUAAAACUUGAACCAGAAAGCUGCAGAAUAAAACACGAGGAACAGGGAGAGAUGAUUGAAAGAAACAAGGAGAGUGAAGAAUUGAGUGAAGUUGAGAAGAAAAAUCAUGUUAAAACUGGAGAAAAACCCUUGAGUUGCUCUCAAACCAAACAGAAAGAUUUAAAGAAAAUAAGAGCCAAGAAAUCUUUAACCUGCACUCAGUGUGGAAAGAGUUUGACAAGCAAAUAUAGUCUUGAGCGUCACAUGAGUGUUCAUACUGGAGAGAAACCGUUCACUUGUGAUCAGUGCGGGAAGAGUUUCACACUAAAAGGACAGCUUACAGAGCAUAUGAGAGUUCAUACUGGAGAGAAACCAUUCACAUGUGAUCAGUGUGGGAUGAGUUUCAUAAAAUCAGCAUAUCUUACAAAACACAUGAAGAUCCACACUAGACCGAAACUGUACACAUGUGAUCAGUACGGGAAAAUUAUUUUGAGAGCUUCAGUCCUGAAGCAGCACCUGAGAGUUCAUACAAAGGAGAAACCAUAUUCAUGUCAUUUGUGUGGAAAGAGCUUUCUAUGUCUGAAAUAUUUGAAAGUACACCAUAAAAUACACACUGGUGUGAGACAAUACAUGUGCUUUGAGUGUGAAAAAACUUUUACUACAGCAAACUGUUUAAAACGGCAUGAGAGGAUCCACACUGGAGAAAAACCUUACAAGUGUUCACACUGUGACAAGAGAUUCAGUGAUUCAGCAAAUCUGCAAAGACAUGAGAGGAUUCACACUGGAGAGAAACCAUAUCACUGCACUGCAUGUGGGAAGCGUUUCAAUAAUUCAUCUGCUUUAAACAGACAUACAAAAAACAAUCACAAGAUGAUUGAAAAAAACGAGAAUGGAGAAUUGAGUGAAGUUGAGAAGAAAAAUCAUGUUGAAACUGGAGAAGAACCUUUGAGUUGCUCUCAAACCAAACAGAAAGAUUUAAAGAAAAUAAGAGCCAAGAAAUAUUUUGCCUGCACUCAGUGUGGAAAGAGUUUGACAAGCAAAUAUAGUCUUGAGCGUCACAUGAGCGUUCAUACUGGAGAGAAACCGUUCACUUGUGACCAGUGCGGGAAGAGUUUCGCACAAUCAUCACACCUUAAGGAUCACAUAAACAUCCACACUGGAGAGAAACCUUACAAGUGUUCACACUGUGACAAGAGAUUCAGUCGGACAGGACACCUGAAAACACAUGAGAGGAUCCACACUGGAGAGAGACCGUACAACUGUUCACACUGUGAAAGGAGAUUCAGUCGGUCAAGAAUCCUGAAAAAACAUGAGAGGAUUCACACUGGAGAGAAAUCGUACACGUGUGAUCUGUGCGGAAAAAGUUUCACACUAAAACGACAGCUUACAGAGCAUAUGAGAGUUCAUACUGGAGAGAAACCAUUCACAUGUGAUCAGUGUGGGAUGAGUUUCAUAAAAUCAGCAUAUCUUAAGAAACACACAAAGAUCCACACUAGACCGAAACUGUACACAUGUGAUCAGUGCGGGAAGAAUUUUCUGAGAGCUUCAGUCCUGAGGCAGCACCUGAGAGUUCAUACAAAGGAGAAACCAUAUUCAUGUCAUUUGUGUGGAAAGAGCUUUCUAUGUCUGCAUUAUGUGAAAGUACACCAUAAAAUACACACUGGUGUGAGACAGUACAUGUGCUUUGAGUGUGAAAAAACUUUUACUACAGCAAGCUGUUUAAAACGGCAUGAGAGGAUCCACACUGGAGAAAAACCUUUCAAGUGUUCACACUGUGACAAGAGAUUCAGUGAUUCAGCAAAUCUACAAAGACAUGAGAGGAUUCACACUGGAGAGAAACCAUAUCACUGCACUGCAUGUGAGAAGUGUUUCAAUAAUUCAUCUGCUUUAAACAGACAUACAAAAACCAUUCACUGUGAGUAGAUCAACUUCAGCUCUGAUGCUGCCUUCUCUUCAAAUGUGACAAUAAUGAAUUAAGCAAAAAUAAUCUGGAUAAAACUGUCAUUACAAGUGACAUGACAAAGAAACAUUAUCUAAAUUUUUUCCCCAGUGAAUAAAGUUCAUAUUAAAAACCAGCAGAUUAAACUGUGAGAUUCAGAUCAACUCAAAGAUACAGUUCCUCCCCAAAGAACAAUGUCAAAAUGUGUUAUUCUUGUAUAUCAGUUUGUUUUCUUAUAUAUUAUUUAGCUUUACAACUGAUCGUUAUUUGCUUUUUCUGUAAGAAGGGAUGGCAUCUGUCAGCUUUUUAUAGAUCUAAAGUAUCCCUGUAUUUUCUUACAACACAAACAUGCUUCAUGUAAAUGGUUUUAUUUAGAUUUGUUUAAUGUUGGGAAUCUCCUCUGCCUAUAAAAAAAAUCAAAUAAAAUUAAGUAUAUUCAUUACAGUGGCAAACAUCAGAUAGACAUGAUGAACAUCAGAUUGCACUGUAUUUUAUGUAUGAUAAUUUUUAUUCUUAACAGUUUCAAUUCAUUUUAAAUCAAGUUUUGAAUCAUUUAUAAUUUUGAAAUUCCUUGAUUUUAUCAUGAUUAUUUUAAUUCCUUAUAGAUGUAAAGCAUGUUGAAUUACCAUUGUGUAUGAAAUGCAUUAUAUAAACUUUGGCUUUGCCUUGCAUUGAUAAUUAAUUCAGUAUAUAUGCAUAACAUUUCACUCCUAUGGAAACUGUAAUGCUAGUAAAAUGCCAUAGAAUUUGCACGUCUGAAAUAGAUGUUGCUCAAUCAGAACAAAAUAAAUACAUCAUAACAUCAUUCAGAGAAAUAACGCUGACAAUAUACGGUACAGACUUAAAAACAAGAAGCUUCAUUUCCAAGAUGAUGCAUGGUAAGCCUUAAAUUGGAAUACAAUUAAGAGCGACAUAGUAACAGAGGCUUGUAUUGUAAAAUUAGCUGUUCAUGUUUACUUUGGUCCUACACUGGUUUCUCCCAAGGUAUUUUCUCCAUUCUGUCACUGAUGGAGUUCUGGUUCCUUGCUGCUGUUGCCUCUGGCUUGCUUAGUUGUGGACACUUCAUUUACAGCGAUAUCUUUGACUUGAUUGCAGAAUGAUGAGCUGAAUGAUAACAUCACUGAAUUCAAUGAUGAACUGCCCUAAACUGUCAUUUUGCAUUAUUGACAAACUGUUUUCAUAAUAUUGUUCAGUUGCUUUGACACAAUCUGUUUUGUUUAAAGAGCUAUAUAAAU